AUGAAGCCCUUCCAUCUUCUGCUUACCGGGCUAUUACUAGGCCAUGCCUUGGCCGGGGACGGCUACUCUUCCCCUUCCCCCACCCAUAAAAGGUUUUCUGUUUUGGAACGCCGGGCUCGCGAAAUCAGAGAGUCAACGGCGGUGGUCAAGCGGAACGACUUCACAUGCGGGCCCGGAAAGGACGGAUGGUGUGGUUAUGGGCCGACUUACUGCGGCACCGGAUGCACCAGCAACUGUGAUGCUCAUGCCGAGUGUGGUCGGGAUGCGGUGCCUGUCAACAAGACUUGCCCUCUCAACACUUGUUGCUCGGAAUUCGGCUUUUGCGGCACAACCAAAGAUUUCUGCACAGGAAAAUGCCAGUCCAACUGCGUUGAGCAUCCGAAACCACUAGGAAGGGGGAAGGGCGGCAAGACACUGUCAAAGACGAUAGUCAUCGGUUACUACGAGGCAUGGAACGACAGAUCGUUGUGUCAUCAGACAACAGCCAAUGACCUCCCCGUAAAUGGUCUCACUCAUCUCAACUACGCCUUCGCAUUUAUCGAUCCCACUACCUUCAAGCUUACUACCAUAGAUGCCGCCACCCCCGUUCAUACGUUCAAGGACGUCGCCGCCCUGAAACUCAAGAACCCGGCCCUCGAGCUGUUUGUGAGCAUCGGGGGUUGGACUUUCUCCGACAACGGAACUGCAACGCAGCCUGUCUUUGGGAACAUUGCACGCAGUCCAGCCAACCGUCAGACAUUCGCGAACAACGUGCUCAAAUUCCUGAACACUUACGGGUACGAUGGCGUCGACAUCGAUUGGGAAUACCCCGGCGCUCCGGAUCGAGGCGGCAAGCCGGAGGACACCAAGAAUUACGUGCUCAUGCUGGAGACGCUGCGCAAAACGUUUCAUGACUCGGGGCGUAAGUUAGGCAUCACGUUCACUGCUCCCUCGUCGUUCUGGUAUUUGCGUUGGUUUGACCUGACCGGCAUGGUCAAAUACGUCGACUGGAUCAACAUCAUGACAUACGAUCUGCACGGCGUGUGGGAUAGUUCAAAUCCCAUCGGACCUAUUGUGCAAGCUCACACGAACCUGACUGAGAUCAAGCUUGCCACGGAGCUGUUCUGGCGAGCCGGAAUUCCGCCCUCGAAGCUUGCCCUCGGCUUUGGAUUUUACGGAAGAGCGUUUACGCUGAAAGACCCGACUUGUAACAAGCCCGGGUGCCCAUUUACCAGCGGAGCCAAGCCGGGAGUGUGCACUGGGACAAGUGGGUAUCUUGCGCACUACGAGAUCCAGGACAUCAUCGCUAAAAGCAAAAAACGGGACUUGAUCACUGUGCACGACAAGGAGGCCGCGGUCAAGUACAUGGCUUGGGAUAAUGAUCAAUGGGUCUCGUUUGAUGAUUCCGAGACGUUCAAAAACAAGAUCAAAUGGGCGGACGACAUAGGAUUCACGGGGUCGCUUAUAUGGGCGUCUGACUUGGGUGGGCUUCUUUUUCUCUUCCUCCGCCGUCCUUUUUAUAUCCCCCAUACGAUCCUCCUUUUAUAUGCUAAGAUAAGUACAGAUGACUACGAGCUCUCUGCGCAUAAGGCACUUAGCGGUAACCCCGAGUUCUCUAUGGAGAACCCGGACUUCGGAGCUAUGCCCGAGAUAGAUGCUAGCUUUGGCCACAACUGCUACAAGGGGGGGAGCCAAUUCGACGACAGAUGUGACCCCGGGUUCGGGAGAGUCGGACUGGACAGAGAUGGAGUCGACUGCAGCGGCAUCCACGAGUCCCAAUGCGGCCGUCCCAUCUGCUGUCCUGAGACCUCGGGCAUGACCGGCUGCAUGUGGCGGGGGUCUGGUGGGGACUGCAACGGGCAGUGCCACGAGGGCGAGGUCAAGAUCGCGGCAUCCAGCUGGGGCGGCACCCCGGGCGAGUCGAGCCCAACAAAGAAGUGCAACCGCGGUGACAAGGCCCUCUGCUGCAAGGCCAACUCAUACACCAGUCUGACUGAGGGCUGCCGCUGGACCGGCGGUUGCAGCGGCGAGUGCAACUCGGACGAGGAGAGUGUUGCCUAUGCCCGCGACCGCUGGGGCUUGUCGACCGUGUUCUGCAACGGUAACCACUACUGCUGCAAGAAGGACCGGCCGAUCCCCUUCAGGAACUGCCACUGGGUCGGCGAGGGUGACUGUGCCGACAACACCUGCGCCAAGUCAGAGGUGACACUGUGGACCAACGACCAGGGAGACAGCUACAGUGCUUGCUCUUGGUGGAGGAAUAAGGCACUCUGCUGCACGCCCAAUGCUGCGGCCUUGAACGAGGAUAUUUGCGACUACGAUGCAUGUGCCGACGACCCAGACCUCUGCGAUGAAGACCUUGAAGACGAUCUUGACGACGAUCUUGACGACGAUCUUCGCGACGAUUUUGAAGACGAUCUUGAAGACUAUCUACGCGCUGCGAACUGGACUGGGAUCGGGGAUGGGCUCGAAUAUGGCUCGGAGGACCUGGCGGAGGAGCUUACAGGGAAACCCAGGUCAUUAUACCCUGGCGGGCCGAGGCAAUACGUAUUGGAGAUGGCCAAACGCAAGCUCGUAUGGUACUCGCGCCCCUAUCCAACCGGUAACAAACAUAAAUACCUUUUCCGCCCUGGCACCGGGCUCGCUACGAUGCUUCUCAAGGGCAGCUACGGCAAGGCAAGCGAAGUCUGCACCAACUCGGGACUCGCUUUUACUCGCAUGGCGGACAUGGCCAAGAAAGGGUUCCAGACCGAGCAUCUCCUCGAGCUCCAGCUCCCCAACCUUCUGUUGCGAACAGCAUACACCGGCAAACUACCCAAGGUAGCCAAGACAGCCGCCACGCAGUUCAUAAAGGCAGCCAGGAUUACCGAGGAAAACCUGUACACGGGUUGGCACAAGCUCUACCCGGACAACAUCAAGCUAAACCAGUUUUAUGAGGUCGUCAACUGGAAGGGUCUACCCAAAGACUACCUACCCCCUCCAAACACCCCUUGCGGCCGAAUGAUGACACUGAUGGGCGACUGGGGCAACAUGCAGAACUUAGCUGUGACCACGGGUGACAUCAAUUUGAUGAAGGGUACCCUUUUCAGACUGUAUAACCCGAUUGGUGCUAAAAGCUUUGAGGAGUGGUUCGGGGGGGGGAUGCAAAGCGACGUGGAAUCGAUCAGAAAAAUCGAAACGAAGUUGAAAAACGUCUUCUUGGUGUUUGCGUACUUGAACGACGUCGGGCUGGAACCAGUCUGGCGGCAGGCGUACCAAGGAUUUAACCAGGAGGUCAUCAACAUGGACCUGCACAUGCCCGAGUUGAAGGGGAUAAAGGCGAUCUGGGACGAGCUUUGGCCGGUUUACCAACAAGUCGUCGCUGAAAGAGCGGCCAACUGGGUACUUGACCUGUAUAACAUGAUUGACAACAGCGUGUCGGCUGAGAUGGCCGCCUCGGGUGGUCCCCUUGCCAAGCUCGUGCAAACGACCAAGCACUACGCCGAAAUAAGGGACCAUCUCCGCUGGUCCAAAGACGUUGGCAAAUGA